AUGGCGAACCUCCCUGGAUUCACCACCAAUUUCCCUGCUGGCUACCCGACCAUCUCCCGCGCAUCAAAUUUCACCGGCGGCACCAGCAACACAUCUUCGACAGGUUCACCCUCGGGCCAGAACCCGACUGCCGCACCACAGUUCGACAUUUUCGACUGGCAUCCCGCAUACCAGAGCUGCCAGCGGUACUUUCUAGACCAUGCCCAGCACGACAACACAGUGCAGGUCGUGGCUGCUCUCAUCAACAUAUGUCUUCCAUUCCAAUGGACACCAUACCCCAUCAUGAGCUCAUCAGGCCCGCUACCACAUUCAUCUGGUCCUGCAGCAUACACACAGCAAUGGCCUCGUCAAGGCCCAGUUCUCAAUUCGAAAGGCCAGCCCACGCCAGCAUGGGUGUCGCUGAUCCCCUUCAUUAGGCGCCUGGUCAUCACAGGGAUGGAUCAGGCGGCCGUCAUGCAUGGCUUUUUCGGUGAUGACUGGAAGAAAGGAGUGGGCCCAGUCCACGAGUGCGAGAGGCGGAACUACUUGUUUGCGGCCAAGAGCGUAGGGUGGGCGAAAGUCAAAUGCCAGUAUGACAUGUCUCCACAUGAAUCGGUCCCGUUCAUGAAGCCUCUCCAGGAUGUCCAGCUGGCGGAGAUCGAGGGUGCCGAGAAGACCUGGAGUCAGUGGCUGGCGAUGGAAGAUUGGAUGGUGGGGCCGCGGGCACCAGAUGCGGACGAUCGAUUUCCAGAUGCUCGGCGCCGUGAAUCUUGA